CUGGCGAACAAAAAAAAAAAAUUAAAGGAGUGCACGGCAAAUCAGUCCAGCUAAAUUAUUUAUCUUUCUGCUGUACAUCCUCUUUUUUUCCCUUUCUCUUUCCCCCUCACCUCCGCUCUCUUUCCCCCUCCCCCCAUACCUCUGCAUUGUCUCUGAUUUGAGUGGGGAAUCACCGUAUGCGGUGAUAUCCAAUUCCUCGAUCUCCCGACUCCCCUCCUUUCCCCCACCUCCUGCGCAUUCAGUUGCGUAGCAAGCCAUUGUCAACAUGGCCUCCAUUUCGACCGCUGGAGAAGCAGUGGCGAGAAUCGCCUACCUUACCAGCGAUGUCGUUCUCUCCGUGCAACCCUCUCUGCAGGCAGAUUCCUUGUUCUCCAAGACUUUGAAGACCCUUAAGACGAAGAACACUUCCAGCGUCUUGCCCAGAAGCACCCCAGAGAUUGUGGCCGUGCGAUACAAUGAGGAUCCUCUUCUCUCCGCUUUUCACCCUCUGCAGACUGGCGAUGCUGUGUCCGUGGUCACCAGCUCUUCUGCACUACUUUCCUCAAUUCCUCACCUUUACCGUUUGGCAAACAACCCGAUUGUCCUCCAUGUCGCUCUGGAGCCCUAUCCUUUCCCAGACUACUCCGUAAUCAGCUCUAUCCGGCAGUGUGGGUUCACUUUCCUGCACUCGGAGACUCUUCAGGAGGCCCAGGACAUCGCUAUCACCGCACAUGCCUUGGCCCGCAAGUCUGGCAAGGGUGUCAUUCAUUUCUUUGACCCUGCCAACUCUGCCCGCGAUGAUGCUAUCACAGAAGAGAAUGCAGACCUCGUACGGUCUCUAUUGAACCUGGGCCCAGACGCCGCCACCCAUACUGCAGGUUCGGGUGUCCAGACUCUGUACACUGAUUCAGGCCGCGUCGCCACCGUUUCGGAGGAUGCCGCUGAGAGCACCAAUCAGCAGACUGGGGGCACUUCCACCCCUGCUCAAGCCUCGCAGCUCUCUGCCAGCGUUAGCAUCGAUACCUCCUCUGUUGGCUCCUCUCGCCGGGACAGCAGCACCGAUAGCCGCGGAUCGAGCUCUGCUGCCACUACGGUUGAUGCUUCGUCGGUUCGCCCCGUCAGCGCUGCUGAUGUCUUUGAGUGGACUUCUCAGAUCUGGAAGAGUCUUUCCGAGGCUGUGGGACGCAACUACCGCGCUAUCGAGUACACGGGCCCCUCUGAUGCCAAGUCGGCUAUCUUUGUGUUCGGCUCAACUGGUGUGUUUGUGGAUGUCCUGGGCAAGGAGGAGAUUGGUGAGCUGAGCAGUGUGGGACUCAUCACUGCCCGCCUGUACCGCCCCUGGGUUGGUGGUCAGAUCAUCAACUCUAUUCCCAGCUCUGUGGAGAAGAUUGCCGUCCUGGAGCAGGUCCGUAAGACCACCAAGUGGGGUCCCUCGUUCAUGGAUCUCCUCUCCAGCCUCUCUCCUUCCUCUGCCGGUCGGCCUACCCCCCAGAUCGUUGGUUACAGACUUGGCUAUGUUGAGCCCUCGACUGCGGUACAGGCUCUGCGUGGCAUCGUUCAGAACUUGAACUCCCCCUCUCCCAUCCAGAACUUGGAAAUCGGAAGCUCCAAGGUCCCUACUCUCCAGAGCUCCCUCGAGCAGCCCCACAUCGAGAAUGCCUACAUCAAGAUCCUGAACCAGCUUUUCGGUGAGCGCCUUCACGUCGCCAACCAGCUGGGCUCCAAGAACGCUGGUAUCUCCGCCACUAUUGCUGCUAGCCCCGAAUACGGAUUUGGUGCCUUGAUUGCCCGUCUGGAGCACCGCAAGCGUUUCAUCCGCGAGGUUGAAGAGGCUUCGAAGGCCUCCACUUUCGCCACUGAUGUUCCCCGCUCUUGGCUGUCCAAGUGGGCUCUGAGCGCUUCUGAUGCCUCCAAGGCCAACAAGCUGGCUCCUGAUGUGAUCGCGCGCUUGUCCAACGACGGCUCCCAGCUCGCUAGACAGCUUCUGGCUUCCAAGAAGCUCUUCUACGACGAGUCUCUGUGGCUGAUUGGCUCUGACGCCUGGGCUUACGAUCUCGGAAACUCUGGUGUUCACCACGUUCUCGCCUCCGGGGCCAAUGUUAACAUGCUUAUCAUUGACUCUCAGCCUUACUCUGAGCGCACCGCAGCUGAUCCUACCCGCAGAAAGAAGGAUAUCGGUCUGUAUGCCAUGAACUAUGGCAACGCCUACGUCGCUUCCGUCGCUGUGUACGGCUCCUACACUCAAGUGCUCCAGGCUAUGGCCGAGGCCGAGAAGUUCGAGGGUCCCUCCGUCAUCGUCGCCUACUUGCCUUACAACCAAGAGAAUGACUCCGCUUUGACUGUUCUUCAGGAGACCAAGAAGGCUGUUGACCUUGGAUACUGGCCCCUGUACCGCUGGAACCCCGCCAACGAGGAGAAGGGUGAGGCCAAGUUUAUCCUGGACUCUGACCGUAUCAGACGUGAACUUGAGGAGUUCCUGCGCCGUGACAACCAGCUUACGCAGCUCACAAACCGUCAACCCAAAUUCUCCUCUGUCCUUGCCGAGUCGUAUGGUACCGAAGUCCGUGCCUUGCAGAAGCGCCAGGCCAAGGACUCUUACGAGAAGCUGCUCGAGGGUCUCUUCGGUGCUCCUCUGACCAUUCUUUUCGCCUCAGAUGGUGGUAAUGCACAGAACAUUGCCAAGCGCCUUGGUAACCGUGGUCGCGCUAGAGGCCUUAAGACCCUUGUUCUGGCUAUGGAUGACUACCCCACCGAAGACCUCGCCACUGAGGAGAACGUGGUCUUCAUCUCCAGCACUGCUGGUCAGGGAGAGUUCCCUCAGAACGGCCGUGGUCUCUGGGAAUUUGUGAAGAACUCUGGCGACUUGGAUCUUUCCUCCAUCAACUACUCCGUCUUCGGUCUCGGUGACAGCCACUACUGGCCCCGCAAGGAAGAUAAAAUCUACUACAACAAGCCUGCCAAGGAUCUCGAUGCUCGCGUCGCCUUCCUGGGCGGCCGCAAGCUUACCGAUAUUGGUCUGGGUGACGACCAGGAUCCCGAUGCUUAUCAGACUGGCUACUCUGAAUGGGAACCUCGUCUCUGGCAGGCUCUUGGCGUUGACAAGGUUGAGGGUCUUCCGGAGGAGCCUGCUCCGUUGACCAACGAAGAUAUCAAGAUUCAAUCGAACUUCCUGCGUGGUACCAUUGCCGAGGGUCUUCUGGACGAGAGCACUGGUGCCAUCUCGGCCAGUGAUCAGCAGCUCACCAAGUUCCACGGAACCUACAUGCAGGACGACCGUGAUGUUCGUGACGAGCGCAAGGCCCAGGGCCUUGAGCCUGCUUACAGCUUCAUGAUCCGUUGUCGUCUGCCGAGUGGUAUCGCCACUCCUUGGCAGUGGCUGCAGAUGGAUGCUAUCAGCAGCUCCCACGGUAACGAGACCAUGAAGCUCACUACCAGACAGACCUUCCAGUUCCACGGUGUCAUCAAGCGCAACCUUCGUGGCGCUAUGCGUGCCAUCAACAAGUCUCUCAUGACUACCAUCGCUGCUUGCGGUGAUGUCAACCGUAACGUCAUGUGCAGUUCACUCCCUGAGCUUUCCACUUUCCACCGCGAAGCCCAUGCCGUCUCCCAGAGAAUCAGCGACCACCUUCUCCCCGCCACCUCUGCCUAUCACGAGAUCUGGCUCAAGGAUGAUGAUGACAAGAAGGUCCAGGUUGCUGGUGAUGCUGUCGUCGACCACGAACCCUUGUACGGUCCUACCUACCUUCCUCGCAAGUUUAAGAUCACGAUUGCCAUUCCUCCUCACAACGACACCGAUGUCUACGCCCACGACAUUGGUUUGAUUGCCAUCAAGGGCACUGAUGGACACCUGGAGGGUUUCAACAUCAUUGCUGGUGGUGGUAUGGGUACCACUCACAACAACAAGAAGACCUACCCCCAGACUGGACGUAUGUUCGGUUACGUCCCUGCGGAUCAGGCCCAUAUUGUCUGUGAGAAGAUCAUGCUUGUUCAGCGUGACCACGGAGACCGCAAAAACCGCAAGCACGCUCGUCUCAAGUACACCAUUGACGACAUGGGCGUUGAGGCUUACAAGGAGAAGGUAGAGGCUCUUCUUCCGGAGGGUCUGCGUUUCGCUGAGCCUCGUCCCUUCAAGUUCGACUCUAACGUCGACACCUUCGGCUGGCUCAAGGAUGAGAAGGGUCUGAACCACUUCACUUGCUUCAUCGAGAACGGUCGUAUCGAGGAUACCGCCGAUUUCAAGAUGCGUACCGGUCUGCGCGAGCUCGCCAAGCUUGACAAGGGUGAGUUCCGUCUUACCGGUAACCAGCACGUCAUCAUCUCCAACAUCAAGGAUGAGGAUCUGCCCGAGGUCAAGGAGUUGAUGGCCAAGUACAAGCUUGACAACACUGCCUUCAGCGGCCUUCGUCUGUCUUCGUCUGCUUGUGUUGCCUUCCCCACCUGUGGUCUUGCUAUGGCCGAGUCUGAGCGCUAUCUGCCCGUUCUCAUUGGCAAGCUGGAGUCCACUUUGGAGGAGGUCGGUCUCGCUCAGGACAGCAUUGUCAUGCGCAUGACUGGUUGUCCCAACGGUUGUGCCAGACCCUGGCUUGCUGAGGUUGCGUUCGUCGGUAAGGCGUACGGCGCUUACAACAUGUACCUGGGUGGUGGCUACCACGGCCAGCGUCUGAACAAGCUGUACCGCUCCUCGAUCAAGGAGGACGAGAUCCUGGACAUCAUGAAGGGUCUCCUCAAGCGCUACGCUGCCGAGCGCAACACCGACGGCGAGGUGCCGGAGAGGUUCGGAGAUUGGUGUAUCCGUGCUGGUGUGAUCAAGGCGACGACUGACGGACAGAACUUCCACGAAGGAGUUGCUGAGGAAGAUGAAGAGUAAGAUGCUCGUCGAUGAGAUAUAGCGAUCAAGAUAUAUUGUUUCGCAUUGUUCUCCUUGCAUCAUUGAGAAAAAUAUCUAUUUGAACGAACUGUUUAUGAUCUUGGAUGAUGAUACAGCUAGCUCUUUGUACAUACUUCUGAUGACUAAUUGUUUCUAUACAACUAUCUUG